AUACAUAUAUAAAAUAUAUAAAAACGGACUUUUAUACCAUCAUCGCUCAAUUUCGCUCAGGAAUUUGCCUAAAACAAAUAAAUAUUGAAGUACAUUUAUGCAGUGAUUUUUAAAAUUACAUUAGGAAAAAAAGUAUAUAUAUAUAUAAGUAAUGGAUCCAAGUAACUUUACGUAUGAACAUUUCGGGAUUCUUGUUCAUAAUGAUGAAGAUGAUGUUGCCAAAUCCCCGAUGAGCAGGCUAUCAACGUUUCCAGUAUAAACGAUGUCUUGGGUACAGAUGCCAUUUGUCAGAAUGCUAACAUGUUUCUUGAAUCACAAAAUGACAAAGUUUUCACGUAUGUUCAGUCGGAUCAGCACAAUGCUAUUAACAACUAUGGAGAGAAAUCCUUAUUAAAGAUAGCUACAAAUGUUUGUUUGUCCUCAGCAAAAGAGGAAUCGAAGUCAAGCGAAAGUAAUUUGCAGAUGCAAGACAAUGAAGUUAUGAUGAUGUUGAAGGCUUCAAAAGCAUCUAUCGAAGAUGUAAUAGAGGAUGUUCCUCCGCAUGACCUUAUGAAUUAUAUGCAUCAAUUACGAGCACAUGAAAGCAUAAAAAGUCGAACCAGAUGUACAGAAGCAAUGAAUAGAAAAAAUAUAGCGUUGGUACAAUCAGUUAAUGGCAAGUCUCGGCGCUGGGAGCAAAAAUUGGUACAAAUCAAAACAAUGGAAGGGGAAUUUAGUGUUACAAUGUGGGCAUCUGGAAUGUCGGAUGACGAGUACAGUAGCCUUAAUGAAAAUGUUUCCACCACCGCUGUGUCAACAUUACUGAUGCCACCUACAAACAAAAUAACAGCAAGCGAUGAAAAUAUUCAUGAAAAUAAGGACAUAGUAUUACAUGAACAUGAGCAUUUGCUCUAUCAACAUCAACAAGAGAAUUUUCUGCAGAUGCACCAACAGAUGGCUGCUCAGUUGGCAACGUAUACAACUGACAAAAUCGUCGAUCGCAAUUCUAAAUUAAGUGAAGAAAGUGAAUCGCAUUCAAAUUCGAAUGGACAUAUUUCUCACGAAUGUGAGUUUGUUAUUAAUGAACAAACGGUUUCCGUGAUAGAUAAACAUCAAGGCGUCAAACAAAGAGAUAAGAACUGUGAGCGAUUGUCAGAAGUCGCUAUGUCGGGAUCAUUACCCAUAGCAACGCCAGUUGAAAAUAUUGCAAAUGAUACAGAUGCUUCUGAUUUUCCGCUAUACGUCAACGAUAAGAAAAUUGCCUGUCCCCAUAAGGGCUGUCAUAAAUUCUUUCGGGAUUCAUCUGCAAUGCGCAAGCACUUGCAUACACAUGGACCUCGCGUUCAUGUCUGUGCGGAAUGCGGAAAAGCUUUUGUUGAGAGCUCCAAACUAAAGAGGCACCAGUUAGUUCAUACGGGAGAGAAACCAUUCCAAUGUACUUUUGAAGGCUGUGGGAAACGUUUUUCAUUAGACUUCAACUUAAGAACCCAUGUAAGAAUACACACCGGAGACAGACCAUUUGUAUGCCCUUUCGAUGCCUGCAAUAAAAAGUUCGCUCAGUCUACAAACUUGAAGUCACAUAUUCUAACACAUGCAAAAGCUAAACGAAACCCAAAUAAUCCACGUUUUGCCACCUGUCCUAGUACGAAUGAGCUUUGUACCAAUGAAGAAAGUUCUACAAAUGUAAUUAAAGUCGAGUUACGUGAUACUAUGUCGGUUAACCAAGCGUCUUUUGUAAUGUAUGCUGAUUAAAAUAUAUGCAUAUUUUAGUGUGAGAACUAUUUCAAAUGUAUAUAUACGUUUUAUGGUGAAUACAUUUUAGUUAUUCAAAUAGUGCUUAAGCGUAAUUUAAGACCAAUAUUUUUAUUUACAUUAUACACGUAGUUUGUCUGUUUGACUAAUUAUAGAUUUAAUAAAAAUCAGUGAAUUGAG